UACCCGGUAGGGCCGUCACGGUUCUCGUUGCCCCCGAACAUGUCCCCCGGACCGGCGAACGCCUCCAUCGACGGAACAAAGAACGAUCCGGAGAACGGUCCGGAGAUCUCGCCGCGGCACAGAUGGGAGGGGCUGACGCUGACGCCCCCCCUGACGGGUGACGAGAAGAAUCUGACGUUCAUGGAGUUCGCGGUUGUUGGCGUCAGCCCCUCGACUCUGUCUGGAACCCAACCCCUCGAGCCGUGGGGACAAGCCCCGGAAGUCCUGUCGGGGUUUCCGGUGACGGAGGGGGAUGACGCUUCGGGGCGAGGGAAACGGGACGGCAGUUUCGUUCAGGGGCUGGGGGAGUUCUGCUUCCCGUGCGGCGCGAAUAUUUCUCUCGUCAGGGGCAGAGAGGGAACAGGGACACGGGAGGCGGUUCCCGAGGACAGGAUGCACCUGCUGCAGUUCACGGACUGCGACAACGCCUCGACGUAUGGCUGUUGCCUAACCGUCACCCACGUCUUGCACGAUCCCUCACCCCGUCUGGUCCAACGCCUCCAAGAGAGAGAAAGAAUGCACCAGGCGGCCAGGACACUGCAGAGGUUCUUCACGCUGUCGGCGGCGUGUCUCUCCACGGACGAGGGUCACCAUUGGCGAGGCGAUAGCACCGGCUACGGCUGUGCGACGCCGACGCGGACGCCCGGAGAAGAAGGAGGUUCUUUUUCUCGGUUCGGGUUCCAGACGCCGCCGCCCCGCGCCGCCGCCGGAGGCGGCGCCACCGGUGCCGGUUCCGCCGCGUCCGAGCAAGGCAACAGUCCCGCCUCGUCCUUCUCCGGGAUGAUCAACCGCUUCUUCAGCAACCCGGGGGUGGUGGCGGAUGGUGGAAGCGGUGUUGCUGCUGUCGGCGCGGCGGUGGCGGAUGGCGGUGGUACGGGGCCGGGGGAUGAUAGUGAUAAAUCACCACCGCGAUCGGUGAGGGGAGAAAGAACGUCCCUGCGAAAGAAGCGUCCGGUUGCGGCGGUAGCGGUAUCGCCGUCGAGGCCGUCGCCCCCAGCAUCGCCUCCGCCACCGGCAGCAUUGUCAUCGUCACGGCUGAGGCAGCGUGCGCCGUCUUCGCCUUGUCCCCGAACCUCCCCCUCCGGCGAGUACUGCCACCACCCCACGGGCAUGAGCGGAAGGUCGAGGAGCGCUGGCCAUGGCGGCGGCGGAGGGGGUAACGUGGCUGGCCGCGAGAGGAGCGACGGGACUGUCAAGAAGAACGUUCCGGGAAUGUUCUCCGAUGACGAGAGCGAGAGCGAUGCCGGGUACAGUAGCACCGACGGAGGAGACUCCUUGGGCGGCGGGAGCUUUGAAGCCGUCAGUUUUUCGGGGUCCCAGGUGGCAAACGGUACCCGCCGGGGUCAGUCCGGUGGUGUUCGGGGGUACGCAAAGGGUAGUUGUCCGGAGAUGCCCGGAGCGGAGAGAUCCUCGGGAACGCCAAUGACACCAAGAACGCCUCCGGGAGUGACCUUGAGAAACCGUACGGUGAACCCGCGUACCGUGGCGGCGGCGGCGGCGGUGAUUGGCGGGGCGACCAAGGGCAGAAGGGCCUCGGCGGGUAGAGGGAGAUUGAGUUGGUCGGUGCAGGUGGAGAAGGGCUACGUCAUGGUCAGCUCCCACCGCAACCACCCCCUCAUGUUCAAGGUGCUAAAAGCCAUCGCGGACGCGGAACGCUCCGCCCGCCCGGGUGCCAAUCCCUCCUCGUCGUCGUUGUCGCCUCCGGCGCAUCACACGGCGGCCGGGGGCACGCGGAGGGCAGUGAUUGCGUCCCUGUCGCCCCCUCGACUUCCAUCCGGCGGUGUUGUCGGUGUGAACAAAAGUGGCGGGGGUAAGGAGAAGUCGCCCUCGGCAAGCAGGUUUCGGUCUGUGGCGGCGGCGGCAGCAGAGCAGGCAAAGGAGAGACAUCGGCGCAUGGUUCGCGACAAGUUUUUGCAGCAGGUCCGAACAGACAAGAGAUGCAUCGAGGAGGGGAAGAAGGUCUCCUUGUACUGCCCGGCGUUCCUCCGAGCGCCCCUAGAGCUGACGCCGCCGUCCCUGGAGCUCUGGUCCACAGCGGUCCUCUUCGGCUGCGUGUCGGAGCGGACCAUUCUUCGGGCCCUGGACUUGCUGCUGCUCGAGAAGACGCUCGUCGUCUGCGGGAGGGACAUUGGCAUUGUGUCGAUGGCUGCUACGGCACUCCUCUCGCUGCUAGACCCAUUCAAGUGGGAAGGCGUGUUCGUUCCCGUGGUGCCGUUGGCGCUAAUGGACGUGCUUGACAGUCCCGUGCCGGCGCUGGUCGGGGUUCAGGCGCCCUUGGACCCUCUCAGUUCCGCCGCCGACGGUGUGGCGGUGCUCGAUCUGGAUGCUAACAACGCCUCGGGCGAGCUGUUCAUGGCCGGGGCGCACGAGGACUCGACAGUGCCAGGACACCUCGUGACGUCACUCGAACACGCCAACACCCUCAGGGGCAAGCGCCGCUCCUCGGGGGCCCCGGCAGGACGACGCUCACCCACCUGGAAGCUUGAACCUCCGGCUGGAGGCAAGAGCCCAAAGCACGAGAACAGUUCAAGCCACGACCGGGUUGCGACCAGUACCGGCGGUAGUGGGAGCGGCACCAGAGGCCUUUCUCCACGAGGGACGAGGGGAGGAGCGCCGUUGUCAAGGUUAAGAUCAUCGUCGUCUUCGUCGUUGUUGUCGUCGUCGUCUCCGAGACCCAGGUCGCACUUGGUGUUCCACGCGAGCACCUUCAUGGCAGGCCUCACCCUCGAGGAGAAGGGGGUCGUGCUUCGCCUGCGAUCGUUGGUGAAGGCUCGUGUCUCUCGGCUGUGUGGCGACCUCGUGGCUAGUGACAUGUGGAGAAAGUACUGUGCCUUCAACUCGGUUACAAACAACUUCGACUUCCACCCUGACUGGUUUACGGAGCCCCUGGAGGCCCAGCUGAGGUUCCAGGUGGCGGUUUCGCGCACCCAGAUGUUCGUCUCCUUCGUCGAGCGAUGCAGGCAGAAAGACAUCUCGGAGGUCGGGGACGAGGUCGAAGAACAUGAACAAUUAACGCCGGAAAAGCGUCCACCUUACGCCGAAUCCGGUACAGGCGGGAGGAGGGGGAGUCGGGGGUCCAUCCCCACCCACUGGGGCUUUCCAGGCGCCUUCUGAAAGGGCUGCCUUGGUCGUUUCGGAGGUGGUGUGCGGGAAAUGAGGGGAUGAUUAGAUGUCGCCCCCCCCGGCUGCUGCAGGUGGAGGGGCGAGGAAUGAAGUUUUUUGAGCCGUGUGUACUAGAUUGGGGAAAGUUUCGGAAGCACAGGAAGAUGUUGACAGCACAGAGGUAUAGGGGAUAACAGGGGCCGAGGGUGCGUGAAAACAAAUGUAGAUCCACCCGGCAGAGCAAGCUGUGAAAGCGAUAAGCAAAGGUGUGCUCAGGGCUCUCACUUGCUUGAUCGGCCAAGAGAAACCAACCCGCAACUCGGCAUCUUAUGAGAUGCACGUACAGUGUUGUAUCGGUUGACAUAGGGGUUCGGGCUUUUGCCGGUGUUGUGCGUGUGUGGUGUUUGUCCCAUUUUCUGGCGCCAGUCUAAACCUGGCGAUGUCUAUGUUUGACGACGUACUAGCCGGGGUCACAAAGGAGGAAGGUCAUGCAAUAGUUUUUGUUAUACUUUGACGCCCUACCUUUCGUCAUAGAGUUGUCGCGAGAGCCAUGCAUAGAGUUAGGGUUAGGGGUAUAAUCAACUCGCGGUGAUGCACCCCCUCGGCUACCAACAAGACAUGGAGCCUGCACGCAUGGCUACGUACACACGUGUACCAAUUGUUUCAGCUGAAGUAUCGUGACCGUCUUGCGGAUGAACGGGAGGUGCGAAUCUCGGUCGAGUGUCACGAUGUAGAAACUUGUAUUCCUCUAUUUCAUGAACGGAACAAUGCUGGCUGGCUCAAGAAAAAUUUGCUCCCCUCCUAAGAGGUGGGUGUGCGGUGAUUGAAUGUAAUCCACCACAUGUAGAACAUUGUUUUUCAUGUUUUCUCUUCGCAUGCGUAUCUACGUAUGCUUGAGACUGUGGUGUUGUUUGAUUGAGUGUUUCAACAUGUUAAGGGGGCAUGCGAUCUUGUGGUGUAUCUUGUCGGUUUCAAUCGUUUCGGGAAUCGCUUCGUGUUUUAUGAGCAGUGUUUAUUUUGCAACGUUUUCGGGGGGAUGUGGCUCUGUGGAUGCUCUAUAUGUCGUUGUGCAGGCACUUUGCCAGUGGUGCGUGGUGUCUUGUUUGUUGUAUGAGGCCUGUAUAUUCUGGGCGCCAGUCUACAAACCUCACGGUGUAUUUGACGUAUCAGCCGAGGUCACGGAGGAGGAAGGUUACAGAAACAAGCCUCUUUUUGUUUUUUGAAUUUAUGUUUGUACAUGUGCGCCGCAUGUGGGCCGGCGCAGGAAAAGACCGAGCGCUGCCGCAGUCAAUGAACAGCUAGCUUGAUAGAACUGUUUGUAUGGUUUGUCCUUUGCGCCGGAUCAGUUGACGUGCAGCUGUAUAAACCCCGCCUACCUCAACCUCCCGCAGGAAUGACAGCACACCCAUGGGCGGAAGUGUGUGAAUGUUUGUGAUGUUCCGUUUCGUAUGCUAUUCUGAUUAUGCGUAUCACAUUGUGUUGCUUGUUUGGCUAGGCGGGGAGUGGGGAGCUUUAGGGCCAAGAUGAACAUACCAUGUUGUAGCGUAUGUAUGUGAUUGGACUCACAGUAGAGAGGGAGGGCUUAAUGAGGGUGAAGGACUAUGCCAGGAGGAAAGCUCGUACGUUUCAGUCCGUAAUCGUUGAUGACGGCGGUGUACUGUUUCGACCGACAGUGUAGCACUCGAGGAAGUGGUAUGUCCUAGUGUUCAUGUUAACGUGAAACAGUUAAAGGGGUAGACCUCCCCGUGUUGUAUUGUCGUUUAUUGUAGUGUGAAGAUCAAUCUUCUUGGGAGAAUGAUAAUAUCAUACCCGCUCGGGAAUUGUCAAUGGUUGUACAUGUGGUGUCUCGUGCUCCGUGUGUGCUUCAG